AUGGCGGAGGCAGUUUUGAGUCUGAAAGCAGACAAAGCAUUAUGGGAGAUCCCAGGACACGCAGCAGGGCAAGCCUCCUGUCCUGUGGGGCAGAGUAGAUAUUGUAUAGGAGCUUAUAGCGCCGGAGGAGGAGCAGUCAGAGGUUUCUUAGGACAGUGGAGGAGCCAUCUCCUCGGAAAGAGUGAAGCGAACCUUUGGCACCAGCUGACAGGGAAGGCAGCCGAAGAAGUCAGCUCUCUUCUGAAAAAUGGCAGAAAAAGGGAUGAGUGGAAAGGAAUCUUAUCCUGUGUGAUGUAUGAGGCGCUAAACACGGAGACCAUUAUGGCGGAAGCAGACGAGGGCAAGAAGAUAUUAUGGAGGCGAGGUAAUUGGCAGAAGGUACUGUCGAGGGGAAUCGGGUCACAGUGGGACAGAUCAGCUGAUGGUCAAAACAUGUUGGUUGCAUUAGCAUGUAUUAUAGCUGGACUCCUCGGGUGGGAGCCGGGGAAACAGCUCCCUGACAUAGUAAACCGGCUUAAGUGUAGAGAAGUAUGGCGCCUAGUGGCUCUAGGACCAAGAAGACACGAAUCCCUGAAUACUAAAAUUCCGAUAAAGGAUCUAAGCAGCUUAAUUAAGGGCGCCGCAGCCUGGGAUGCGGACACCGAUCCCAGCGAAAGCAGGCUUGGACUACUUUUGAGUAUAUAUAAUGGCCUGACAAAAUGCGUUGAGUAUAAUCGUCAUUAUGACUUAACCGCACUAAUAGAUGAUUCCGACCUCCAGAUGAGCGAAAUAGGUCCGUGUACGCUGGAUGGGACCCAGCUAAGAUGCGGAGAAACGGCAAAGGCACGAGGUCAGGGUUCUCUAAAUCUCUGGAAGAAGACCACGCAAAGACUGAGUAGGGGCCUUCUUGAGAAGGUGACCCCCCCUAGCAAGGUGAAAAUUGUGGAAAAGAACGAGGGACCCUCGGGAGGACAGGAACGGGAAACCACUGCCAGUAAUGUCGGAGCAAGGCUUCAGAAAUAUGUCGAAGCCGCCAGGAAUUGCACAGGGGGGGCAGUGGGCGGAAAGGACCCUUGUGCCCAGCAGAUGGAGCUGGUCAAAAGUAGAAACCGCCAGGAGCAAAUGAAGGAGCAACAGGAGACCGACCUAGGGGGAAAGGAAGGGAAUGGGCGGAGCGAGAGUUCAGAGUCCUUGAAAGUCGGGCAGGGUCACACUGAGGGAGUCAGAAUAAAGGAACAAGGGGAUCUUCUGUCUUCCCUCCCUGUAGGGGAUGAAAGAAAACAGUCGGAGACAGCUGACAGACAAAACUCAGCAGGGGAACCAGGAGCCCAACCACCAGUUCAAAGCCAGGUCAGUGACGUUGAGGACCAUGAGAGACAAGAUAGCAUAGUUCCAGACCUCGUCGCUGACUCCGUAAAUUCAGCGUCCGACGGAGUGAACUUGAGUGGAAUAAUAGGUGGAGUUCUAGCGACCCUACUAGCUUUGGGGGGGGUGUAUGGUAUAUACAGGAUCCUAACGAAGCGUUCCCGCACGAAGCGACCAACAGAGCAGUCCAUGGCUCGAAAUUUCGGGAGAGGGUUAAAAUACGGGUAG